UUUCAGAACAUCCCUCUAAUUUGGCCAUGGAAAUUCAAUUCCAGAGGCAUGACACUUAUCAUCAUCCACAGCCACAGCAGAAACCACUCUCGCCCAUCAGAAAAACCAAGUUCAAGUCCACACCCUCCAACAACACAGCCAAGAGCAAGUUUGUAGGAGUCAGGCAGAGGCCCUCAGGGAAAUGGGUGGCCGAGAUUAAGGACACGACCCAGAAGAUCAGAAUGUGGCUUGGCACCUUUGACACCGCCGAGGAAGCUGCGAGGGCCUAUGAUGAGGCUGCCUGUCUCCUCCGUGGUUUCAACACGAGGACAAACUUCUCCCCUCACCUCCCCACCAGUUCUGCUCUUUCCCUCAAGAUCAGGACCCUCUUGAAUCAGAAAAUCAGCUCACGACGAGACCGGCCCAUGGUUUCGCAUUCCAAUUCUAAAUCCACCAAGAAACCCGCUUCACAGACCAAUUCAGCUACUAGCAUUAGCAGCAUGAUCAGCCUCAGCUCUGUCACCAAUGUUUACACAAGUAGUGACAGUGAUUGCUCCUUCUCCAGCGGGAUGAUGCAAGAUGGCCGGAUUUUCGACGAUGCUUACAGGCCGGAUUUGAGCAGGUGCCUGGCGAGCCUCGGAUCGACACCCAUGUCUCAACACAACCAUUCGUGGGCAUUCACCUCCGGCCUGGAUCAUCUCCCUUUAGUCCAAGAGGACGGACUGCCGAAGCACGGGCCAUGUGCUUCCACGACUGAUUUGGGGCUCUCAGAGUUUGAACGUAUGAAGGUGGAGAGGCAGAUUUCUGCUUCGCUUUACGCAGUCAAUGGACUCAACGAGUACUUGGAGAACACCUACAAUUCGAAUGAAACUAUGUGGGAUAUUCCCGCAUUGAGCCAAUUGUUCUGUCAUAGUUGAAGCAGAGAGAUCUCUCUUUCAAUCGUGUUCUCUUCCAAUCCACGGACCUUAUUAUGUGUUAGGUAGUUUCUGUCAACUAUAACGCAGGAUACCUAUCGCGGCAUGCUGCGGACAUUCCAAUUCCAAACAGCAUCGGAAAAGAGUUGCCUAUCACGGCAAAUAAACUAAAUUGUGGACGAGAAGUAGCCCAUAGCCUUAGGAGUUUCUACUUUCUUAUGAGCAGCUGUCAAGUCAUCCCAGUGUUCUCUUUUUUAUGUUAAGGCGCUUCCUUUCCGGUGUAAUGGUACUUAAUGAUCUCUUCUUUUUCCUCUGGCCGAUCAACGUCACUAGGAUAAAUUUAUGUGAUUU